UCGUGUUGUUCCAAGUAACUUGACACGGUCGUGAUUAGAGACAGAAACUGUCUCGUCUGCUGAAGUUUAGCUCCAUCAAAGUUGUCCUUGAGUCGGAGCUGUUGAAGUUUAUCAGCUGGCCCCUAACAGUCAGAUGAAUGUUCGGUAGAAGCCGCUAAAAUCGCACAAGUUCCGGUUUCAUGUGAUCAACGAUGCUCCGUGUCUCUGUCAGCUGUUUUACUGAGCCAUGAGCUCCAUGAAGAGAGUCCAGUGAUUCCACUAGAUGGAUCCUUCCAGCGUGAUCUCCAGGAUCCAGACCUGCACACACACUCAGACUGCGGGGAUUUAUCUGCCUUGUAGUAGGAUCGCAUCACUCACCCCGACUGCAGCACUUCAGGAUGGAAACACUGGUUUGGUCAAAGCACAAACUCUCACCCACAGAGCAGAGGAAGGAGGAAACAUCACAGUUGGGUGCAAGUUUUAUUUCUCUGGAAGCAGGAAACUGUUCUGUAAGGAAAAAUGUGAAAAUGGAAACAUUCUUGUUGAAACAUCUGAUGAUGCAGCUCAGAACGGCAGAUACAGCAUUAAAUAUGUAAACAAAGGCUUUUUCUCAUCUGAUAUUAUGUAUGUGAGCAUCACACAGCUGAAACAGUCUGACUCAGGAUGGUACAGGUGCUCUUUGGACAGAGUCUUGUGGACAGAUGGAAACGAUGAUUUUGAGCUGAUUGUCACAGAAGCUUCAACCACUUCAACACCAAACGGGACUCUGAGACCUUUUUCAGCUCCAGUGUUUCUCUCAUCAGCCUCCACACCACCAACAACACAGAGUUUAAGCUCAACUUCAGGAAGCUCCACACCUUCAUCAGCCUCCUCUGGAAGUUCAGCAGAUGUGCUGAUUUAUGUGGGUCUGAUUCUGGUCGUUAUGAUCGUCGUCUUAUCAGCAGCUCUGCUGAUUUUCUACACAAAGAGGAAGACCACUAAACCCAGAGGACCUCCUGUGGAAACAGACACAGAGGUCAACAGGUUGUAUGACGAGAUCAGAGAGUGUGACAUACCGAGCAGGUCACCUCCUGUAGAAGUGUCUUCAGUGUAUGAUUACCCCAAAGGUCCCCGUUCAGAUGGAGAUGGAAGCGGAGGCAUCUACAGCCUCGCCACCUCUGCUCAGAACAACGCAGAUAACCUCUGCUAUGCUGAAGUGCAUUUUUCCCACAUUCCUGUCACCAGCAGCGCCCCCUGUGGUGAAGAAACUGAUGUUGUCAACUCAGUGCCUCAGGUGGACCUGAGUACUGCCAUCCACACCAGAGAUUCUUCACCUCCUCUGUACUCUACUGUUACCUCACUAUGAAUUACAUCAGUACUUUUUUUAAACCUGUCCAGCAGAAUAAUGGUCUGAAUGCUUUGUUGUGCCAAACAUAUUUGCUUUCCCAAGAGGAGCACCGUAGACUCUCUGUAGGCUCCUCUUUUUAUGUUUUUGUUUUAUUUAUUUAUUUAAUUUCAUUAUUCAUUUUUUUCUCUCUGUAUAUAAUGCUGGAGCGGACACGGGGUGAAGGUCAGACAGGUAAAAGACAGGAGAAGAAAUCAGAGGAACAGAAGAAGAAAAAGGAGAGAAAAGAAUGAGGGUGGGGGAAAAAUCGAGGACGAAGGGCUAAGGUUAAGGUUGUUUUUAUUACAGCUGCUUACAAUUUAGCUCAACAGAUACUUAAUAAAAACAUGUUGCUAUUAUGAUUCUGUAGCUUAGAUUCAGUGAAACUGUUGCAGAAAACAAAUUGCUUAGAAA